AUGCAGGUCAGAGACCUUCUCGUUCGAAAUCUGAAAUAUUACUGGCGCACCAACUUUGCUGUCAUUCUAGGCGUUGCUGCUGCGACAGCUGUCAUUGCUGGUGCGUUGGUUGUGGGAGACUCCGUUCGUGGCAGCCUCCGUCAAAUGUCCCUCGACCGACUCGGUGAGAUUGACUAUGCCAUCACGGGAGGGCGAUUCUUUCGCGAAGAGUUAAGUGAGAGCUUAGCCAGCGAAGACAUUCAAACGGCCCCAGCCAUCAUCGUGCAAGGGACCGUCAUCGGGGUAUCAACCACAGACCAAGCCCCAGACUCUGAGGAGUCAAAUCUGCGACUCAGGAGAGCCGGACAAAUUCAUGUCGUCGCUGCCGAUGACCGCUUCUGGAGCAUGUUGGACACAGGCGAGAUCGCAGCCCCUCAGGAAGGGGAGAUUGUCAUCAACCAACGGGUCGCUGAUCAGAUUGGAGCAUCCAUUGGAGACAGUUUGUCAGUCAUUGUUGAGAUUCCGGCCUCGAUUCCCCGUGAUUCGUUACUGGGUGAUCGCGAUGAAACAGUGACGGAACUGUCACUGACCGUCUCUGCCAUUGCCCCGGAAGAAACUGGGUUAGCUCGGUUUGGUCUCAAUCCCAGUCAGCAGGUCCCGUUGAAUGUCUUUGUUAAUCUGGAAGAGAUGCAAUACCAGAUCGGACUGGAAGAGAUUCGACCGACGAAAAGGAACCCCGAAUCCAAACCAGCGCGAGUCAACACGCUAUUCAUAGCGACGACUCAGCCCGACCGACUCAGCCGUAAAUCAUUCGAGUUAGCAGGAGCGUUGACUGAUCGGGUUCAUGAAAAGAUCACACUCGCUGAUCUGGCUCUCAAAAUUGUGACCAACGAAAAACAUGGUUACCUCUCUCUCGAAUCGGAGCAGAUGAUCCUGGAGAAUUCGCUCGCCUCCGAUGCCCUCGAAACAGCUGAAGAUACGGGGGCUACCGUUUCACCCGUGUUGGUAUACCUGCUCAAUGAAAUCCGCAAUGCCGAUGAGCCAGAGAAGUAUUCGAUGUAUUCUAUCAUUGCUGGCAUCGACCCAGAACUCUCACAUCCAUUUGGUCCUUUCGAAUUUGUCGGCGAACACCAUCCAUUAAAGAAAGGGGAUGUCUAUCUCAACGAUUGGUUGGCAAAAGACCUUGGUGUUGCUGCUGGUGAUCAAAUUCUAACGAAGUACCACGUGGUUGGUGAUCGCGGUGAACUCCCGGAGGAAGAAAUCAGCUUUCAAGUUCAGGGCGUCGUGAAGCUGACUGGGGUCGCUGACGAUACUGGAUUCACUCCUAAUGUGCCGGGCGUCACCGAUGCCAAAACCUACAGCGAAUGGCGACAACCCUUUCCAUUAAAGGAAGAACUCAUCACCGAUCGAGAUGACCUUUAUUGGGACAACAUCGAUACCGAACGCGAAGACGACUACCGCACGACCCCGAAAAUUUUCACCUCACUGUCUACUGCCCAAAACUUGUGGAAGAGUCGCUAUGGUGAUCUGACUUCGGUCCGUUUCGCUCCAACGAAUGAAGAGCAUCUUGCAGAAUUGGAGAAAGAGUUUACAGAAAGCUUUCUGAAGCGACUCCACCCCGAGCAAACUGGUUUUUUCGUACAACCAAUCAAAGCCAUUGGACUGCGAGCCGCUCAAGGGACGACCGAUUUCACCGGUCUCUUCAUCGGAUUCAGUUUCUUUCUCAUUCUGGCAGCCACAAUUCUAGUGGGCCUGCUCUUUCGUCUCGGGAUCGAAACACGCAUUGGUGAGCUGGGCCUGCUGACAGCUGUUGGAUUACAUCGCAAGCAGGUGAGGCGUCUUUACCUGCUGGAAGGAACGCUACUCGUUGUCAUCGGCGGGGGACUGGGGCUGAUCGCUGCUGUUGGAUACGCAGCCAUCAUGAUCCACGGUCUCAAAACCUGGUGGUUUGGAGCGAUCGGGACGCGUUUCCUGUUCCUGGAAGUGCAUGUAACGAGUCUGGUGAUUGGCUUUCUCAUUGCUGCCAUUGUUGCGUUGCUGGCCAUCUUCUGGUCGCUGUGGCAAACGCGGAAGCAAUCGACUCGUAGCUUACUGAAUGGAGAAUCAGGGCAAACUGAAUUAGCCACCGUCCAGCAGAAUUCGCUCUCGCGUAGAUCAGCCUUGCUACUGAUCGGCGGAUCGUUAUUGCUCUCCAUCUUGACUCUGAUUGGUGUCAUCCCAGACAGCGAAGCCUUCUCCGGAUUUUCCUGGAAGGUCGUGAUGUUCUUCUGUGUGGGGAUGGGCUUACUUUCAGGUGGCUUAUCCGCAUUGACCGCAUUUCUUGGUUCAAAUGAUGCCGUCAAGAUUGAAGGAAGCAAGACCGCUUCCCGAACCAAGCUGGGCUUGCGCAAUGCUGCCCGUAAUAGACAACGCAGCGUCAUGACAACCAGUCUCAUCUCCUCAGCCACAUUCAUCAUCGUUGCCGUUGCAGCCGGACAGCAAAAUCCGACGGGAGAAGAACCGAAAUAUCAGUCAGGGAACGGCGGCUUCACAUUGGUCGCCGAGACGAAUGUUCCUGUGUUGUAUAAUUUGAAUACGAGUGAAGGGCGCGCGAAAGUAGGUUUCAACUUACUCGACGAAAAAGUCGAAGCAACUCUCGAUCAGGCUCGCGUCUUCCCGUUCCGCAUGAAACUGGGAGAGAACGCGAGUUGCCUGAAUCUCUAUCAGACGCAAGUUCCCACGAUCCUCGGUGUACCGAAUGAUGUGCUGGAAGAGAUGAUCCAGAAUGAGCGUUUUCUGUUUGCCAAUACGUCCGCAGAGCAACCCUGGUCACUCAUCAACAAGAAACUUGAUUCUGGAAACAUUCCGGUAUUGGGCGACAUGAACACUCUCAUGUAUAGCUUGCAUAAAGGGAUCGGUGAUGUCAUUCAAGUUCCGAACGAAGAGACGCCGGAACAGACUCUGGAGGUCGCAGGAAUGUUUGCCAACAGCAUCUUUCAGGGAGUGCUGGUCAUGUCGGAAGAGAACUUUCAGAAAGUCUUCCCGGAGCAAGUCGGCUUUCAAUACUUUUUGAUCGAGACUCCCGUCGAUAAGGCAGAGGAUGUCUCUGCCAUGUUGGAGACAAACUUGAGUGACUCGGGAUUCGACAGCGAACGGGUCUCAGAUCGGUUGCAGGAUUUCCUCGCCGUACAGAACACCUAUCUCUCGACCUUUCAAACAUUGGGAGGAUUGGGGCUUCUGCUCGGCACGAUCGGUCUGGCUACGGUCAUGCUACGAAACAUUGUAGAACGGCGGGGAGAGCUGGCCCUGAUGCGGGCAAUCGGUUUUCGCAAACAACAGGACGCUUUGAGUACGUAUGCAAUUGGUGAUAUCCACGGCUGUUGGGAUGCUUUGGAAGCCUUGUUAGAUCAGGUUCCAUUGCAUGAGGAUGAUCAGCUGGUCUUGCUUGGCGACUACAUUGACCGUGGUCCAGAUUCAGCGAAAGUCUUGAAUUGGGUGAUCGAUCAGGUCGAGGAACAGGGUACGGUCGCUUUGAGAGGGAAUCAUGAGGUGAUGAUGCUAGCUGCGCUUCAAGGAGAAAUGCGUCUGGAGCAUUGGCUCGGCUGUGGCGGUCAGGAAGCACUGGAAUCGUACCUGCCGAAGAAUUCCAACCGGAGUCCGAGUCCUGAUUGGGUCCCUCAAGAACAUCUGAACUUUCUAAAGCACCGCUUACGUCCCUACUUCGAAACGGAAUCGCACAUCUUCGUUCACGCCAGCCUCUACAGUGAACAUCCGGUAGCUGAACAGGACGAAUAUGUUUUUUAUUGGGAACGCUUUCACGACAUCGCUCCUCAUUGCUCCGGCAAGCGAGUCAUCUGCGGGCACACAGCCCAAAAGAGUGGAAGACCUGCAGUGAAGGAACACGCCAUUUGCAUCGACACCUGGGUCUAUGGCAACGGCUGGCUGACCUGUCUGGAUGUCGAAUCAGGCCGCUACUGGCAAGCCAACCAAAAGAGAAAGCAGCGUAAUGAUUGGUUAGAUUAA